AUGCCGAAAGAUGCAGCACCCGAAAUUUUACCCGACCUCAGUACCGCGAAGCUUUUUGAAGUGCGCGGAAAGAUCGCUUUGAUCACUGGCGGUGCGUCUGGUCUUGGCAAGAUGAUGAGUGCAGCGCUGGUCCAGAACGGAUGCCGUGUCUAUAUUGCGUCGCGCAGGAUGGAUGAGCUGGAGCGUGCUGCCGCGAUGCUUAACGAGUCAGCACCAAAAGACAGCGCCUUUCCUAAAGGCACUGCGUGCAUUCCGCUGCGUGCAGAUAUUACAUCCAAGGACGCAUGCUACGCGCUUGCGGGCGAAAUCAAAAAGCGCGAGGACCACCUGGACAUCCUGGUCAACAAUGCCGGCCUGACAUGGGGCGACAAGAUGACCGACUUCCCCGAGGAGAAAGGCUGGGACAAGGUGUUCCACCUAAAUGUCAAGAGCCAAUUUUAUCUUACUGUUGCACUUCUUCCUCUCCUCGAGAAAGGCAAGUCGAACACGAACCACGGCAGUGUCUUGAACAUAUCCAGUGUCGCCGCUUUUUCGCCCAGUUCCACGGGCCCCUUGUCCGAGGAGGGAAGUGGUACUUGGAGCUAUCAGCCGUCCAAGGCUGCCUCGGUGCAUCUCUCUCGCUCGCUUGCCGUCGAGCUUGCCGAAAAGAAUAUUCUUGUGAACGCCAUUUGCCCCGGCGUCUUCCCCAGCCGUAUGACUGCAUGGGGUCUUGGCGCGCACAAGGACGUGUUUGACUCUGUCCAGCCCACGGGCCGCAUUGGCGCCCCGGAGGACAUUGGUGGACUUCUCCUUUUCUUGGUGAGCCGUGCAGGUGCACACAUCACAGGCGCUGCGAUCCCCAUUGAUGGCGGUCAGACAUUGCAGUUUUUUGCCCGCAUGUAG